AACUAACCUUGCAAAAAGUUGCAAAACAGUUUGCCAAAAUUGCCGAAAGAAAGUUUGCUAAAAAGUUUAAUUAUACGUUGUAAAUAUUAGAAACCAGUAAAUUACUGUAGAAUUGCAGCUGCGUUUUCUUAUUUCAUAAAUAAUACAAUGUUAAAUAAUAGGGUGGGAAUGAUAUUUAAUGUCUUGUAUAUGCAGCUCAACAACUGUGGGACUUCUUGUAACUUACUUAGAUGUUGGAAAUGGGACGUUACACAAUUGAUUACAAGAUCGCUUCAAACGAAGGCCAAAUAUGCAAUUGUAAUAUUGAACAGACCAAUAUCACAGAAACAAGAAUUCAUCACAAAUCUAUGGAAUAAUGCAUUAGUAAGAAUGACUGUUGACGGUGGAACAACAAGAUGGGACAAAUUUCUCAAAGAACUACCUGAAAAUGUACAAAGCACAAUGAAAUACCCAGAUUUGAUAACUGGAGAUUUUGACUCCAUCGGCCAGGAUAUUCUACAGAAAUAUAAAAAAAGUUGUAAGGUUAAAUCCUCUACCAAUCUAAAUGUGAUACACACACCAGACCAAGAUUACACGGACUUUACCAAAGCAUUGAUAGAACUACGUAAACAUUGCCAACAAAUUGAUAUGGAGAUUGACCAUGUUUUGACUAUCUGUCAGAGUUCUGGAAGACUAGAUCAGAUUUUAGGGAACAUUCAAACACUAUUUCUGGCCACAGAAAAGGCCUUACUUAGUCCUAACACAAGGGUUUACAUAAUAACAGAUGAUGCAGUCUCCUGGCUCCUGUGCCCUGGAGAGCACAUAAUAAGCAUCCCUGAACAGACAAGGUUCCAUAAAAGGGCUUGGUGCUCAUUAGUUCCUAUUGGAGAGACUUGUAGUUAUGUAACAACUACUGGAUUGAAAUGGAAUUUAGUUAAUCAACCCCUAAGAUUUGGCGAGCUAGUGAGCACGUCAAACACUUUCGACGGGUCAGAAACUGUGACAGUCAAGUGCAGCAACACAGUGCUUUGGUCAAUGCGAGUUCCUAGUUUAUGUCCAUGAAAUGGUGAUAUAAAUAAGGUAGCAAAUGUAUGAAGAGUUCUUAAAGAAAUAGACACCAAACGUAAUAACAUAGACUAAGUAAUUUCGUUAUUAACUUAGUAAAUUCUUUAUCCAAAGUUAGUUACUGACACUUAUAAUUCUAGUAAUUUUUCAAAUGUUACAAUUUAAAUUGGAUCAGAAAUGUUAUUUGUAAACUGACCUAAAAUGUUAGUUUAAUGUAAGGGCCAAUUUUUCCCAUGUUAUGUUCUAUCACCACACGUAGGUAAAUCAUUUUUGGCGAUUUUUCAUUUUAAUGCCAUUCGCCACAGAGUCGAAAGACACGUCGUUUCGUCCAAACUCCUGUGAAGUUGCUAAAAAUGUCUUACGUGGUGGUAGAACUUAACUUUUAUAUUAUUAUUAUUUUUUGCUUUAUAAUUAAUGCAUAAUAUAAUAAACGGCCCUUAUCUGACUGCGUAAAUACGUAAAUGUGAUGUACUUAUUGAGUUGUGUUUAGUUUUUAUUUACCUAAGUACCUGCCAUAUUUUUUGUUAUAUUAUUUUUUACAAUAGGACUUAUGCCAUGUUUGUAGUAAAAAUAUAUAUUUUUUCUAGAUUGAUUCUUUAGCUCUCGGGAUUACACGCAUUGAAAAAAUUACAAUUUCUGUGCUCGUACAAAUUAUUUAAUUUUAAUGGCUUUUUCUGAUCCUAAGGGCCUUAUCACUCUAACGAUUUGUGCGUCGGUUAAUUAAUGUUUUUGUUCUGUAAGACCAUUCCUAAUUUCGAAUUAAUCGUUACUACUCCUAUCUCCAUGUCGAGUGAUUUGUUAUCACUUAUCAAUGAUAAUUGCCUUGUUAAUUGCUAAUCGAACACGGGUUUGACAUAAAUAUGUCAUCUUUUAAUGAUUAUUUUGUAUCUAGAAUCUAGAUCUAUCAGUUUUAAAUGUUAUUACAAUUUCUUAGCGA